GAUUAUCUCCCGUUCCCACGCACAAUACACAUACACACUCAACUCAAUAUCCGUUUCCCCCAAUUUCCCUCCGCCAUGGCUGCUCUCCUCCAAACCCUCGUCGUCCCGCGCCCUUCCGCCUCUCUCAGAUCCACCUCCUCCCCCUUCUCUAACUUCUCCGGACUCAAGAUCCAGCCACCUCGCCCCUCCGCCAACCUCACUUCAACUCCCAAACCCUCGCGACUUCGCUCUAGUAGAAUCGUCUGCGAGGCGCAGGACACAGCUCUCAAAGCGCCUCCUGCUGUUACCGAUUCAACUUGGCAGUCUCUGGUAAUCGAAUCCGACCUACCCGUUCUCGUUGAGUUUUGGGCUCCGUGGUGCGGGCCGUGCCGCAUGAUCCACCCUGUCAUCGACAAGCUGGCUCAGCAAUAUGAUGGGAAGCUCAAGGUGUACAAGGUUAACACUGAUGAAUCCCCUUCGAUUGCCACCCAAUACGGAAUCCGGAGCAUUCCAACAGUCAUGGUGUUCAAGAACGGUGAAAAGAAAGAAGCAGUGAUUGGUGCUGUUCCAGAAUCUACAUUGACGACUUGCCUAGAAAAAUUCUUGUAGAGCUGUAUUUUGGGGCUUCAAACUCUGUUUAAUCGUCAUCUGCCGACUUCAAAUAAUUGCUUUAUUUUAA